CUCUCUCCCGGCGCGUGUGCGUGUGUAUGUUGUUACUAUUACCGAGCUCUCCGCCGCGCGCAGAAUGGCUAGAUUCACCCAGACUGAAGCGAGGAGGCAGCAGCAUCCUCAGCAGCAUCCUCAGCCUGCCCACGCCAGCCUGCUCCUCUCUGGACCGGGGGCGGUACCGAGCCAGGCAGCGGCACCACUGCUCCUGAUCCCGCACCAGCCCCAGUACGCGCACAUCACCUUCCCUAAGCCCAUGAACGGCUCAGAGCCCAUCUCCAUCAACCCCGACAACGGCACCAUGAAAGACCAGGAUGCCAUCAAGCUGUUUAUAGGACAGAUCCCGCGCAACCUGGAGGAGAAGGACCUCAAACCUCUUUUCGAACAGUUUGGAAAGAUCCACGAACUGACUGUCCUCAAGGACCGUUACACAGGCAUGCACAAAGGCUGUGCAUUCCUCACCUACUGCGCUCGUGAAUCAGCCAUCAAAGCCCAGAAUGCAUUGCAUGAACAGAAGACUCUACCAGGGAUGACACGGCCUAUUCAGGUGAAGCCAGCUGACAGCGAGAGUCGAGGAGAGGACAGGAAGCUGUUUGUGGGCAUGUUGAAUAAGCAGCAGACAGAAGAGGAUGUGUACCGUCUGUUCGAGCCCUACGGAGUGAUUGAAGAGUGCACCGUAUUACGCGGCCCUGAUGGAAACAGUAAAGGUUGUGCCUUUGUAAAGUUUUCAACACACACUGAGGCUCAGUCUGCCAUCGGUGGGCUGCACGGGAGUCAGACCAUGCCUGGAGCUUCGUCGAGUUUGGUGGUAAAGUUUGCUGACACUGAUAAAGAGAGGACCAUACGCCGCAUGCAACAGAUGGUUGGUCAGUUUGGCAUCUUUAACCCCACCGUGGCCCUGCCGUUCAGCACCUACAGCAGCACCUACAGUACUUACACACACGCGCUGAUGCAGCAGCAGGCGGCGAUUAUGGCAGCUUCUCAAGGCGGUUAUUUAGCUCCCAGUGUGGCGUAUCCAGCCACACAGAUUCACCAGGUGGGGGCGCUCAACAUGAACAGCCUGCCACCCACCCCGAUGACACCUGUUUCAGGUUUGAGCUCUCCACCGGCUAAUCUGGCCUCCUCUGCCAUGCCGAGCAUCGUGACUCCCAUUGUUAAUGGGUUCAGUGGAAUCCAUCACCAAGCCAACGGUCAUCCGGUCGAGGCGGUGUACACCAACGGCCUGCCGCAGUACUCCACCCAGAGCCCCACCGCAGCCGACACGCUCCAGCAGGCCUUCACGGGCGUCCAGCAAUACACAGCCAUAUAUCCUGCCACAACACUGACCCCUAUAGGUCAGACACUGCCACAGCCUGCUCAAAUCAUCCAGCAGCAGCAGCAGCAGCGGGAAGGUCCCGAGGGCUGCAACUUGUUUAUCUAUCACCUGCCACAGGAGUUUGGGGAUAACGAGUUAAUGCAGAUGUUCCUUCCGUUCGGAUCCGUCAUCUCCUCAAAGGUGUUCAUGGACAGAGCCACCAAUCAGAGCAAAUGUUUCGGCUUCGUGAGCUUCGAUAACCCCGCCAGCGCUCAGGCUGCCAUCCAGGCCAUGAACGGCUUUCAGAUCGGCAUGAAACGCUUGAAAGUGCAGCUGAAACGACCAAAAGAUGCCAGUCGUCCAUACUGACCACAAGCAGGGAUGCAUAUGUGCACUCUCAGCCAUUAGGAGAGGUUUUGAACAGUUGUAGUCUUGACGUUUUGACGGAUGGAAACUUUUCUUGAAAAACUAACACAUGAAAAAGAAAAAAAGACUAAACACACACACAAAAAAAACAACACAAAGAAGCAAGCAAAGUGGAAAAACAAGCGCAUAAGAGAGAUUCGUGAAGCAUAUGGCAUUUAACAAAAGCGUGUGUUUUCAAUGGCGAUGAAAGACUGGCGUGACGAGGGGACAACAGCGACGGCGGAGACGAGGACGAAAACAAAUAAACUCAAAUCUUUUUUCUCUUGUGAAAAAUGCUAUAUACCGAACACUUUGGAAGAACAGUGCAUGGCUGGGACUGGUAGAGUUCGCAAAAAGAAAAGACGGACCCAUGCACAUAUCAAAAGACAGUUGUAGCUUUUCCUCGCGUGGAGUAAUGAGGGUCUAACGGUGAAAUGUGUAUAUGACACUGACGCAGUACAACGAACUCUCCCAUAGGGACCAGAGGACCAAAUCUUUUUCAUCUCUGUCGGUACCGUAACCAUGUACAAUAUUACCACCGAACGAUUAUCUUACGCGACUUACAUGCUACUUCAUAUAAUAUGCCAAUUAAGAGUUAGACACAAUUAAUUCAGGGUGUAUAGUGUAGGUUUACGGGGACUUGGGGUGUGUUUUAUUGAAAACCUUUGGUUGUGGGCGCAAAACCGUCUAAAUGAUAUUGAUAGAUUGUUUAGUGGGGUAUUUUAGGCUAUUGUUAUAGACUAUGAAGUGUGUUGAUAUUGAGUCGGGCACAUCCUGCUGUUCAUCGCCACGUCUCAUUUCAGAAAGGGCAUUUGAUCCAUCGCAAUAUCAUUUAUUUCAUGCAUCAUACUGUAAACAUUUGACCACAGCAAACACGUAACCACACAUGGAUAUUUUUGCCAAACAAUGGCUCUUGUUUUUGAGCUAAACAAAUUCACAAGGAAACCUCACUCUGGUGAUAAUUUCACCACCAAAACUCUCCACGGAUGGUUUUAAUGUUGGAUACGAGGAUUUCAUAAAGUCUCAGUUAUCUUUGGUUUGUUAUUGUUUUAUUUUGUUUGUUUGUUUGUUUUUAGUUUUUUUGUUUUUUUGUGUCAGCUUACCAAGUUCGCAAGGCUUACAUUUAAAUUACUCUUUAAUUUAAUUUAAUUUAAUUUAAUUUAAUUUAAUUUAAUUUAAUUUAAUUUAAUUUAAUUUAUUUUAUUUUAUUUUAUUUUAUUUUACCAAGUACACAGCAGGGCUUAGAGUAAAAUUACUCUCAUUUGUUAUUUAUUUAUUUAUUUAUUCAUUCAUUCAUUCAUUGUUUAUUUUAAUGUUAAAAUAAAAGUCUCACAUUAACAUUACUGUCAGUUUAUCCAUGUUUUUUCUUUUUUUUAUUUAUCACAUUGUAUCGUAUAUGUUAGCUUUCUUACCGUUAAUGUGUUGGUUACAUUAAGUUUGUCAGUUUAAAACACUGCUGAAUACCCAGCAAUCAAUCUAAUGCAAUUCACUAUUACUAUUUAAAACUAUUUAACUGAAUUGUUGCUCCUGCUACUUCUGUACUGCGUUCCCCAAACACGUGAGAACAUAUAUGAAGAUAACUGAGGCUCUAUAUUGAAUCCUCUGAAAUUAGGUUAAAAACAGCCAGAGAAAGAUGUUUUGCUGGUUCACGCAGCACUGAUGUUUCCAUUGUGAGAUCGGGCUGUUUUCAAGAUACAAUUCAGGAAAACCUUUAAUUUACAAACAGCCUAAAAUCGUGCCAUAGUGAAGCUUUGAAUUUGUUUCAGUGGCUUACACUGAUAUGCUGUUUGCCAGAAGGGCCUUCUCGAACAUUUAUAGUAGACAAAUCAAAUCAUAUGACAGCAUAACACACAGCACACAGAGAGAUCAGCAGUCUCUGAACAUUUCUAUAGCCUUGAAAGGCACUUUUAAAGACAGUAGUUCUCUUCUAUUCAUGCUUUAUUCAGGUAUUUCAUGUGUGAUUACACUUAAAUGAACUUCGUAAUUGCUCAUAGUUACACUGUAUUGUGCAUGCCAAUGUAAACGUAGUACUUAUGUAGAGCCAGGUCACAGUUAUGGCCUAAACGAUCGCGAAAAAAAGAGAGAAGUGAUGAAAGGAACAAAAAUGUAUGAAAAAUAGUGUUUAGAGGUGAAAAUCUUUGGAACCAAACCAGUGAGGCCACAUCACCACUAAAAAACAUGGGAACGUUUAUUUUAAAGUCAAACAUGAAAUCAAAAUCUUUCGCAAUACACGUUUCUAGUCUUAUUUUGAAGGACUCACCAGUGCACAUACCGUAUUCUCCGGACUGUAAGUCGCACUUUUUUUCAUAGUUUGGCUGGUCCUGCGACUUAUAGUCAGGUGCGACUUAUUUAUCAAAAUUAAUUUGACAUGAACCGAGAGAAAUGAACCAAGAGAAAACAUUACCAUCUACAGCCGCCAGAGGGCGCUCUAUGCUGCCAGAGAUGCUGCUCAGUGCUCCUGUAGUCUCUACACUGAGCAGCAUAGAGCGCCCUCUUGUGGCUGUAGAUGGUAAUUUUUUUUCUCUUGGUUUUAAAUAAAUGCGACUUAUAGUCCAGUGCGACUUAUAUAUGUUUUUUUCGUCAUCAUGACGUAUUUUUGGACUGAUGCGACUUAUACUCAGGUGCGACUUAUAGUCCGAAAAAUACGGUAAUCGCAAAUACUUAAUACAUUCAUGUAUUCUUAGAAAUACGGCAAAUUAUGGAAUUAAAUUGGGUUGAAAAUUCCAUUUCAUGUUGAAUUUGACAUCAUGCUUAGUUGUUUUGACCCAUAGAAACUUUUGAACUUUUUGGACCAAACCUGUAAUGUUAGAUAGCAGGGUUUUUUCAGCACAGCCUGCCAUGAUCAGCCAACUAGCAAAUGUGUCACGUGCCACGAAAGCACAAUUUCCCCCAGUCAAAACAAGUGAUACUUUCUCUGUGCCGUUGUCCCAUUAAUAUUUUGUCAGGAUAAGAGAAAAGCUCUCGUCUAGGAGGUUAUGUCAGGAUAUCUGAGUUCUUGAAGCUAAUAUGACUGGACAGCACAUUUCACUCUAAAACCUGAAAAUGGUCAGUGUCACUCUUAAUAUUCAGAGGACAAAGUGGAUCUUAAGUGCUUUACAGGUCAAACAAGGUACAUGUUUUGAUAUUAAGACAGAAAUUAGCAAAGUUUUGGAUCACCGUAUGGUUACUUUGACUGAUGGAUCAACACAAAACAUGAAUCAGUUAUGAAAGGCUUCCCUUUAGAAAUGGCAGAAUCUCCAGAAAACAUGUUCAACAGCUCCAAUAAAUAAAUAUAAAAUAUUGAAAAAAAUCUUGCAUUUUUAUAUAUAUAUACAUUUUGACAGCAAUUUUGAGGACCAUUAUGAUAUUUUCCACAAUAAGCACAUUUUCCUGUCAUGCAAUCCUCAUUACUACAAUGCAAAAAGCAUUAUUAUGAGUCAUCAUUAUACUAUUAGUUUUGUUCUUGACAUUAUUCCCAGUUGUUAUUUGCUUUAUUUUCUCUUUACUGUAAUAAUAUCCAAAAUAAAAAGAAAUAGCUUUAAUACGAUAAUGUUUAUAAGUUAACAACAAAUGCUAGAAUGAUGUAUACAUUCUUGAAUUAAAUUUAUUCCUAGUAAUGAUCAUGAGAUUUUUAUUUGUUAAUGAGAAUUUGGGACAAAAAUGCCCUUAAUUGUCAUGAAAAAUUAUUUAACAGUGCAAAAUAAAAAUCAUAACACGUUUUAAUAAAUGUAAACAAAAAAAAAAUGUGACGGCCUUAAAAUAUACUUUAUUUUUAUCAUCAGUGAUACACAAUGGAUCAUUAAAACUAGUUAGAGUCCAACAGGGUCCUCAAACACACACACACACACACACACACACACACACACACACACAUAUAUAUAUAUGCCUAAUAGUUGCACAAACAUUCCAGUUCCUAUCGCUCCAGUGGGACGUCUGCCAUCUGUCUGUCUAAACUCAAAUUAGUGAUCAGGGACAGAGCAGGUUUUCAAUUAAACUCUUAGAGGAUGAGAUGAUCACAGUGAAAGGUCACUAUAAUCAACAUUCAAGGGCCCUAUUCUGUUUACUACAUUAAUUCCGUUUUCUAUAAUACUAUAGAACUGAACUGUUAAACUAACUGGAGAGUGACAUCAUCAUUCUGAGACGGGACCCAGUGAGAUCAUGGAUGUGUUUGGAAAAGCCUACUAACACACUCCUCAUACUGUUUUUUUCUUGUACAUUUAUUAAAUACUCAGUGUGCAACAAAGCAAUACCCUGGCAAACACAUAUCAAUGCAUUCAAAUCAAUACUGUCAUGAAUGCUUUUUUGAAGUUGUAAAUAAAACUAAGAUAAUUGUAGUACAUCUUACAAGAAAAUACCAUUUCCGUUUUUCUACUUCAAAUUUUCAUGUUUAGUAUAAUGUGUAACUUGCCGUUUAUUUAUAAUUAUCUGGAAAUUUACUCUCUACACCUAAUUUAUUUAGUGUAGUUAAUUAAAAAUAAAACUAUAUAGACUUUUUUUUAACCAUAAAAAUUUUAAAAACAAAGAAAAAAAUACUAAAACUUUAACUAAAAUUUUAAUGAAACCUAUAUAACCACUAUAUAAAAAUAAAUACUAAUUCCAAAAGGUAACAGAAAUUAUACAAUUAUACAAAAAUAACACUGAUUCACACAGAAUGACUUAGCAACCACAGCAACACUCAACUCACUGCUUUUACUUCAAUGCUGGGAAAAAAUCGGUAUUGGUUUACUUGGAAUUACUUCUCACUGCUAGUAAAUUUCACAAAUAAUGAAAAGUUUUGAGGUAGAAAGACUGAAAUUAACAUACUCCAAUAAUGUUUAUUUACAACUUUGAAAAAUCAUUUUUCAGUGUGUUUGAACGUGUCAUACUGUGUCACAGAUUUACAUUUGACAUCAACAAAUCAAUCAGUAAAAAACAGUAUGAAGCAUGCAUUUAGCAGUGUAUACUAUUCCAUUCCUUUCCAUUCGUAAGAGCAGAACAUUCCUAGCCGUGCGGCAGCUGAUCCACGCAGUGGCACAUACGAUUUUCAGUCUGGAUGUUUCUAAACCUGUGGCUCAUACAUUCUGUACAAAUAUGAAUUCUCAUGCUCUGUUUUCAUUUUUAUUCUAUUUAUUGCCAAAAAAAAGAGAAAACUAGUUCUUCUUUCAUAGCUUGCCCUGCCUAUAGUUCUUUAAAUCACAUUUGUGCAUGCUAAUUGCUAGAGAUGUAGAGAGACAUUUUUGUAGUAAAAGACAUAGAAAAGAUAAAAAUGCACCAUUUUUUGGUUUUGCUUUUCAACCAGUACCUCCUCGGGUAACAGUCAAAGCUUCAAGGUGAAUAGCGGAGGUCACGCUUUAUAGUUUUUAGGCGUGCUAUCAUGCAGUAAGGAUAUCAUGGAAACCUAGCGCUGCGCUUGGACUCGCUCGACAUGCUCUUCAGGGUCUGGGCUAUUUUGGGUGUAUGUUUUACAAACUGUGUUUUUUAUUCAUACAAUGUUACUACCUGAACUAAGCCAUGUCCUCUUCCUUCAUACUCCCUAUAUACUGCCAUAGUCCUCUGCUAGAGCCAACGCUGCAUACAGCAUCAAAACAUACAAACCUCAAGCUUUCCAUCCACGUUUGCUUUUCUUUCCCGCGUCUUUGAUUGAGAAUGAUUUUUUUUUUUCAGCCAAUACUCUGAAUGUUUUGUACAGAAGAAAAUGGUUUAGGAUGUUAUAGAUUAAUCUAUUUGGUAUGAUAUUCCUAUGAAUGGUUCUCUUUAUAUAUGUCAAGGUAAUGAAAUCUGUAUUUGUUGGGAAUAUAUAGCACAGAACGCUUCUUUCAGGUACAAUGGGAGUCGCGCAAAAGCUCCCGGUGUUUUCUGUCGUGACUGAUCCGGGAUCAGCUCUAAAGAUGAGCUGGAAACCAACACUAGACCUGGAUCGGUGACAGAAAACAACUCGGAUCGGCUUUGCUAUGGACGAUUGUGUAUCUUAGGGUUUCUUAGCACAAUAUACAAACAGAUGUAAGCUAAAUGAUGAAUCUAUGUUUAAAUGCUAUUAAGGGAAGUGUGGGACACGACCAGAUGUUCACGUAACGUCUGUAUGAUGAGUUUUAAGCCCUUCUCUGGAGGUGCAAAGGAGCAAACCUUCAUUUUUGUUGCAUUUUUGAAGAACAAAAGACCAGUUUUGUCCCAUUAUCUUCCCUUUUGAACUUGCUGCUUUGACAAUUAAAUAUUUUAAUAGGUUUUAAUUAUACGGUGAUCUAUUUAUUGUUUCGGUCAUUAAUUUAUUCUUUUUAUUAUUAGAAUUUAAUAAUUUGCAUUGGUUUAUUUAUAUAUUUAUGUAUGAACUUUAAGUUUAUCAUUUCUGACAUGAUGUAUAAAUUAUGCUAAUUGGGGCUUUUUCUGUCUUUCUUCUUUUUUCAAUUUUACAAUAAAAAUGAUAUGAAAUGCA